GGCAGCUAGGUUUACAACAUGAGCAAGACAUCCUAUUUGUGGUCCGAAUCCAUCUGUGUCACGUACUGAAUUAACAGUAUUUGCAACAUUAUCUAUAGUCACUGGUAUGGAUUGAUUUGGCCUUCUUAACUUCCAUUCAGUCAUGACAAUUUAGAAUUCAUCGAUGUAGUAAAUGGACUACGUGUCCCAUAAUCACUCUGGGCUCACGUAGCCAAUGGCAUGGGACGUAGCACAUCUAGUUUGCCAUGUCAUGAUAUCUAGUGUGUGCGCACAUAAAAAAAGUUAGCAAGCGCCGCUGAAGUCACGUCUGCUCAUUACUACACAACACCAGCAUGUGACAAUCGACUUUCAUAAACAGGACAAGUUUGAAGCACAGUGCUCUUAAUUGCAGCAAAGUCUGUAACAAUGUUUUGGCGGACUUCGUUGUAAAUAUCCGGUGUUGUGCCGAAAAAUAGCCGCCCCGCGUGAAAUGUCACUCCUGGCGGGAGCGCCCACACGUCAACAUGACCGGCGCGCCAUAGAUAGUCCACAGUCACUCCGGAGCACUGACGCGGCCGGUAUACGUUGAACAAUAGGAUAUAAUGGGAACGAUUGGAUCCGGCGCUAGUUUUUGCCUGACCUGGAACGAAGAUUCGUUUUGCGCAGUUGAUAACGAGGAAUCCGAACUUUUAACAGAACGUCCGCCGCACGCGCGCAUGCACGUGUACGCGAGGCAAUAAAUCGCAGCGGAAAAAUUACCGCCUUCAUUUUUAUUUAUUGCGCGAUAAAUGGAAUUAUUGCAUAUUGCGACAGGCUUAAGGAUGACGUCAUAAUUCCUAUCACCAGACUGAUAAUUAUCGGUCCAAUAAUUAUCGUGUACAUAUACUAAGAAUAGCUUCAAAAUGUAAAAUCUGAUUGGCAUUGAAUAAUUAUUAUACCGCUAUCAUAUAUAGUAGUAUCUUAUAUUAAUAAUGCUAGAUGUUUUUUUUAAGAAUUGUUUUGAAUCAUGUUGCAAAGGCGGUCAGUGUUCUGAAUCUGUUUACAUUACAUUCUUUUGCACUAGUUAAUGUUAUGAUCAUUUGACCUCAUUGUUUAUUUGUGAUCUAUUGUUGUUGUUAUUUACAUGUUUAUUUAUACUUUAAUAAAGAAUUGAAGCGUUUCAAAAUAUUUUUGUGAAUUACUAAGUGUCAUAAAAAAAUUCAUUACUAAAUUAGUUUAAAAAAAGGGGGGGGGGUUAUUAGCCUGCCCGUGUCGUGCUAAUGUAGUUACCACCGUCAAAAAUGGUAUCCCUUGAGCGGAGCCAUAUGGAGGUAGAAUUGUGUCUUUAUUAUUCAAACAAAAAAAAGUUGCUUCAAUCAAUAUAUAUAUUAUCAACCAAAAACAAAUUGCUUCAAUAAAAAAAAAGAAGUGUGUUUGAAUGUAAAAAUAAAUUUGAAACUCAAAAAACUCCCCAAAAAUGCAUGUGAAAGCUAUUUUUCUUUGAUGAUUUUUGUUUGUUUGUUGUUUUUUUUUUUGUGUGUGUGUUUUUUUUUUUUUGAUUGAAGUCAUUUGUGUUUGGGCCACAUUUUGGCUAGGACAUUUUUGUCUUUAUUAUUCAAUUUAAAAAAAAGAAAAAUCCCUUCAAUCGAAAAAAAAUAAUUUCAAUCCUAGAAAAAGUUUAUGAAUGCGAAAAAAUAUUUGAGAUUGAAAAAUUUGCAUUUGGACAUUUUAUUUUUCAAUGAAAAAGUUUUCUUUGAAUGAAGCUAUCCUUUUUGUGUUUGGGCCAUAUUAAAGAGCAUACGACAUGAGAAAAAAUGUCUUAAAUGGCAUUAUUAUGUGAAUUAGAAUCAUAAUUUGAGACGAUUUUACUAUAUACAACAAUUUAGCAAAGCGCAGAUGACGAGAAAUUAGUCUUUUAAUCUGCUGGUUAGCCACGCCUACCAUUAUAGGGCUUUAGCGUCCCCAACAGGUGGAUGACGUCAGCGGUAGACUGGGCUCAUCGGUUUUACUAUUCAGCCCAUUGAGGGGGAAUUAUUCAGAACGAGGAAAACGCGACGAAUAGAGCCGCAAAAUGUCAUUGUUUUAGUCUCUCUAGUCAUUGUUUUAUUCUCUCUACUCCAAUACUUUUACAGGAUAUUCUUUUUAUCCAAGUAUUUUUUCCCAAUAGCUAUAUAGACCCUACCCACCGACGUCACAAAACCACGUGCUCGCUGUAUGGUUCCGCCCACUUGUCCGUCAUUUUGUCUCUGUAUUCGCAUUGGUUUCAAUUGAUCGAGGAAUUUAAAAUGCAUUUCAUGGAAGACCCGGUGCUUUCUGAUGCCGUAAACUCACUGGAUGUGUUGCAUAAAAGGCGUUAUGUGGAAAAGCUUCGUUCUAUACAGUCGCCAGAUCCAUAUUUGAUGCCCAAAUCGAUGUUUUUCGACCCACUGUCUUCGCCCUGUCUGCCUGACAUCUGCUCCGCUGAUAUUUACAAUUAUCUUGUCCACACAAAAUCAGCCUAUUCUCACAAAAAUUUGAAAAACUUUAAGAGCUUGGAGGCUUAUAAAUACUUCGUUGCUGGUUGGGUGAAACAGGUCCUCGUCCACGAAAAUUAGGCAGGAAUCUAUCUUGUGCUUGGAAAGGUUUUCAAUUCAAAAUCUUUUGUUAUUGCUAACAUCCACUGUCAAGUCUAAUGUAUUUCAUGUCGUUUGUCAAUGGAGUUAAGGCUUUUAAUGUUUAUAUGGUUUAGCGAUAGCACUCUCACUACAUACAUACGUGUAUGUUGUCGGCGAUUAGCCUAGCAAUGAUCUUAAUUGUGGUUAUUUGUCAGCCCAAAACCCUCUAAGUAUAUCUUAAAUGCAUCUUACCGGAUAUAAAAUGACUACUACAUAGUCUGUGGUGAUUUUUUUGGUGCCCAGUUUUCACGUCGAAUUGCAGCCGUCCAUUUCGCUCUCCUCUUUGGAUCCCUUGGAAUACGGUAAAACUUCAAGUCUCUCCUUCCAUCUUCUCUGUUAGUGCAACCAACAGCCACACACGCCUUCACCAUUUUGAUUAUUAAUGUUAAGGAGCAGAAAAACACGCCGUAAAUAGGAGGAAUGUACGUAGCCGUAACAGGUUAACACUAUGUUUUGACGGACAAUUGGGCGGUACCAUUCAGGAGAGCGGAGUUGUGACGUCACGUGGGUAGGGUCUAUAAAUGACUUGAGAAGGACCAGUCAGCCAGUCGAGGGGGAACUAUUCACAACGAGGAAACGCGACGAAGAGAGCGGAAAAAUGUCAUUGUUUCUGUCUCUUUACGUCAAUAUUUUUACAGGAUAUUCUUUUUAUCCAAGUAUUUUCCCCAAUUGCUAAAUAAAUGGCAUGGUCAUGACAAAUAACAGUCUUGUGCCAAAUGGAAUAUGAAAUAAUAAAAAUGCAUUUAUUCAGGACGACAUGGCAAAAUUACUCCAUAAUGGUCAAAACUGUCGACUUCACCUUUACUGUCGCACCUCCCGAACGAUAUUUUAUGACACCUAAAUCAGACAUAUGUCAUUUCCCUUACCCGGCUUCGUAGAAUGUAAACAAACCAAAAUGCGUGACAGCCAGCCGACAGGCUAACCCGAACCGAGUGAUGUUUCAAAGUCUUCGAAGCGGAAAAUCACACAUAACUAGCCUGGAUUAUUUGACAUGAAGACUGAGUUGUCGAUUGUUUUUACGGAUCGGCAAACCGCCCGGCGGAGAGCAAUUUACAGUUCAUUCCCCGGAGGAGGGCGGCUGCAGUUGUUAUGGAGCUAACAUGCUACUAAUGUGCAUGAGGACAGCUUUUUACAUGCCUAUCAAUAAUCAAACGUAAGUAGUCCUUUAUUUAAAGAAAGUUUGUAGUGUUUACUUUGUAAUAGCUGUAUUAAUAUUUGACAUAAUACUAAACAAGAUGUUUACUCAGUUCCUCGUAAGUCCAAUGCUCACACUGUAGUCGGGCUUGUUUUGGCCAAUAGUCACGGUGAAUGGGAACCUUUUGAAACUCCAAAAAGGCGCAUACGCCUCUCCCUCGUACAGAAUGAUUUUUCUGCAGCCGUUGGGCUGGCGUGAUGCGAAAAAUAAACGUAUUAAUCCGCAAAAUCAGCUGAAUCCUUAGUCCUCAUACACAACAGUACGCUGUAUAGUGAAUAGGACGCCUUCUACCGUACACGUCACAGCGCCCUCCUCCUCAAUGCAAGACCGAAGCCGGAAGUCACUCAUUUUCAUGGCGCGGGAUUCAAAAAACUAAAUAAAUAUAGCGAUCGCUUCCACACACAUCCAAGCGGUCCAUAUCAUUCAGAAGCAUAAAAUACCGCGUGUAUUAUGAAAUAAACAUGCUUUUUCGUGUCACAUGCACUUUAAGGGUAGGACAUUUGUGUCUCAAUCAUUUAAUCCCUCAAAACAUAUUUAUUAUUUUAAAUAUUUUCAAUCCCCCAAAAAAAUCAUUUGAAAAUAAAAUUGCCCUCCCCUAAUAUUUUUAAAAUGAAAAUUAUAUGCAAAGCAAAUGACCGUCUAAGGUGCUAGUCACAUGAUCUGUUCGAAAAAUAAUUUUGACCCAUUAUAAAAUUUUUUUUUUUUUUGUUAAUUUCAUUCAUCUUUGUUGCAGAUUUAUUGCUUUACUAUUUUAAAUAUAUAGGAAAGUCAAAUACAUGCAAUGACACUUUAUGGCCACCGGGGGGGGGGGCUGGCCCCUUGGCACCCCCUUAAAAUCAGCUUAUGGUUUGUAUACAGAGUCGAGGGGGAAAAGUACGAAAGAGAAUAAGGAGACACCCACAAUAGGCCGUCAGGUCACCUACCCUUUCGUUCAGUUUCGCUCCACUACCAGAGGCACUAAAUAUUAUUUUCUUCAUAAAAUAGAUUUAUUAGUUCUAAGUAAGAAUCCGUGGAGUUCACCCUCUGAAAACGUGCCCAUUUUUGGGAGUAUUUUGCUUUGAGGCGCAUUGAUCUCUGGUGUGCGCGUAGUACCAUUAGGUCGGGAGUGGUGUGAUUUUGGUCACAUGAGCCAAUCAGGUAGCCGCUUUCCCCUCACCAUAACAACCAGAUAUAAAAAAUGGCGACUACCAUGUCAGAGAGCGAAGAAGAGCGACUGGAGAAAAAAGUUAAAAAGAGAGCGCAGAAAGUGGGAAAUAAACGAUGCUAUAUGCAUCUCUUUUCCGUGAAGAAUGAGAACGUAUUGGACUUCACUUAUCAACGGUGGAACACGUACAGAACCUGCUUAAACCUGCUUUAACCUGGCUUUGACCUGGCUUUGUCUUCAUGCCGCGAACAAGUAUCUUGCAGAAAUAUACCAACAUUGCGUGGAUAUGGAUUUUGAAAAUAUUCCUGGCGACUCUGGAUUCCACACUACAUGCUACCGGCGUUUUACUGAUAAACAGAAAUUGUUGAAGGUGAGCCAUUCUGACCCCCCUGCAAGUACUAGCGAAGUUGUAGAAGCGUCUGAAACUCCCAGAAAAAAAAACAAAAAAGUUUCAAAGUAUGCUCGUUUGGGAUCGGAAGGCAAACGGCAGAGGGAUCAUCUCGCCAAAGCAAAGACAUUGUCGGCAGGCCGGUUGCUGAUGAAAACUCUUUAAUCCUUCUCCAUAUCAAAGACAAAGACUGUGUUGCAAUGGAGUUGCGAUACCAUAAAUCCUGUUAGCGAGAUUACACCAGGUUCCUAACCAAGUCAACAGCAACAGAAACGACAGGACGAAGAAAUACAACCCUUUGCUGAGAGCUACAAACUCUUUUGUGAACAAGUGAUUUGUCAAAGGAUUAUCGUUGACAAAGAAGUGCUCAUAAUGAGCAUGCAAGAGUGAAUGUGGGUGUGUGUGAUGUGAAUAUGUGUGUCUUGUGCUCAUCUUUCCCUUUAACUUUGUUUCAGGUAGGUUUUGCUGAAAAGAAGAUUGAAGUGUGAUUUCCCCCAGUUGGUUUUUCACACCCCUUUCCAGCGCAAAAUGUUUGAAAUGUUUUUUGUUUUUUAUUGAGACAUUAUCAACAACAGAUAAACUUUUAGACAGGAUACCUCACUCAUCGGGUACAUCAGCUACCGAAUCUACUGAGGUUUCAGCAAAUAUCUUGGUCCUGACGCUCAACAACUAAAGAGAGAAGUACAACUUCCAAUCAAAAAGGAGGAGGUAGAGCUGCCAUACGUUCAAGAGGAGGACGAUAUCACCAUGUCGACCGGUGAGCCCUUGAAUGGCGAGGAUGGUCCAAGUGAGGUCAGCAGAGGUACGGAGCCUCCAAGCGGCAGCAGCAGCUCAACAGAAGGAUUGCAAACACAGAUUUUCCUCGCACCAUCAAACAGAAAUGGUGCCAUGUCACACUCACCUUACAAGGAUGAUCAUGGUCAUAAGAAAUCUCACAGUGACGGCCAACUCUGCAAAUGCUCUCAGUGUGGGAAAACCUUUGCUAAUAACUAUACUUAUUGUAUGCAUAUGAGGAGCCACACCGGUGAAAAACCUUUUUCCUGCUCAGUUUGUGGUAAAAGAUUCACUCAGAAGAGCACCUUAAACACACACACAAAAACACACACUGGUGAAAAACCUUUUGCCUGCUCAGAUUGUGGUAAAAAAUUCAGUCGCAAGAGCGUCUUAAAAAGUCACACUAGAACUCACACUGGUGAAAAACCUUUUUCCUGCUCAGUUUGUGGUAAAAGAUUCACUCAGAAGUGCACCUUAAACACACACACAAGAACACACACUGGUGAAAAACCUUUCUCCUGCUCAGUUUGUGGUCGAGGAUUCACUCGAAUUCCCCACUUAAAAGCACACACAAGAACCCACACUGGUGAAAAACCUUUUUCCUGCUAUGUUUGUGGUCAAGAAUUCAGCCAUAAGGGUACCUUAAAAGCACACACAAGAACCCACACUGGUGAAAAACCUUUUUCCUGCUCAGUUUGUGGUCAAGGAUUUAGUCAGUCGAGUGCCUUAAAAUCCCACACAAGAACCCACACUGGUGAAAAACCUUUUUCCUGCUCAGUUUGUGGUAAAGGAUUUAGUCAGUCGAGUGCCUUAAAAUCCCACACAAGAACCCACACUGGUGAAAAACCUUUUUCCUGCUCAGUUUGUGGUCACAGUUUCACUGAAAAGAAAUCAUUACAAAUACAUACAAGAACCCACACUGGUGAAAAACCUUUUUCCUGCUCAGUUUGUGGUCACAGUUUCACUGAAAAGAAAUCAUUACAAAUACAUACAAGAACCCACACUGGUGAAAAACCUUUUUCCUGCUCAGUUUGUGGUCACAGUUUCACUGAAAAGAAAUCCUUACAAAUACAUACAAGAACCCACACUGGUGAAAAACCUUUUUCCUGCUCAGUUUGUGGUAAAGGAUUUAGUCAGUCGAGUGCCUUAAAAUCCCACACAAGAACCCACACUGGUGAAAAACCUUUUUCCUGCUCAGUUUGUGGUAAAGGAUUUAGUCAGUCGAGUGCCUUAAAAUCCCACACAAGAACCCACACUGGUGAAAAACCUUUUUCCUGCUCAGUUUGUGGUCAAGGAUUCAGCCAUAAGGGUACCUUAAAAGUCCACACAAGAACCCACACUGGUGAAAAACCUUUUUCCUGCUCAAUUUGUGGUCAAGGAUUCACUCAAAUUCCCCACUUAAAAGCACACACAAGAACCCACACUGGUAAAAAACCUUUUUCCUGCUCAGAUUGUGGAAAAAGAUUCACUGAGAAGGGUGCCUUAAACACACACACAAGAACCCACACUGGUGAAAAACCUUUUUCUUGCUCAGUUUGUGGUCAAGGAUUCACUCAAACUCACCACUUAAAAGUACACACAAGAACCCACACAGGUGAAAAACCUUAUUCCUGCUCAGAUUGUGGGAAAAGAUUCACUGAGAAGGGUGCCUUAAACACACACACAAGAACCCACACUGGUGAAAAACCUUUUUCCUGCUCAGUUUGUGGUCAAGGAUUCACUCAAAUUCACCACUUAAAAGGACACACAAGAACCCACACUGGUGAAAAACCUUUUUCCUGCUCAGUUUGUGGUAAAAAAUUUGCUCGCAAGGAUCGGACUAAAAGACAUGUGUGUAUUGGUGUGAAAAUUAGUAGCCAAUGACUGUUUUGCCUGUCAUCCAUGCUGCCUAGAUUAGAUUGUGCACACAGUUCAAUUGCAGUCUGCAGAGUUUCCUCAAAUCCUGUUGAGGAUUGGCAGUAUUGGUGCUUUACAUGUGCUUUGUCCAAUCCUUGCAUAAUGUGUUUCCACACUAUUGCCAAAAGUACUGGCUCACCUGAAUGAACCCUCAAGUUGAGUGGCAUUAUUUAUACAAUACUCUCCCUCGUUCAAAUUACACUUUUCACAGCUAAUAUUUGAAACACUAGACCCCAAAUUACAAAAAUUCUAAAUCAUUCGUCAAUAAUAUACAUACAAAAAUAUGGAAAAUAUGAUCUUAUGUAGAUGAGCUAAAAGAUAAUGGAUUUCCUUAUUUUGGAAAGUGAUUCUAAAACACAGCCUCAAGAGCUGCUUUCAUUUUCGUUGACUUAAGUGGCGGCGGCAAAGCGCUACAGAAAGUAUGUAGCUGCUUAUUCAGCUACAUUACCCCUAUGUAACAGGAUGACUUUUUUUCCCCCCCUCCUCGUAGCAGUACAAUAAUAUCGCAGUCCUCUUUAUUUUGGCCUAAUGCUUUGUCGUACAAAUAGGACAAUGAUUAUUAAAAUUGUUUGUACUGUUAAUCAUUCCGGCCCUCGUCGAUGAAAAUAUCUCGACUUUGCUUCGAAUUUUAAAGUGCUUGUACUUCACUGUGCUUGUUAAUUUUACUCAUUAUAAACAACUUGCUUUUAUUCCGUCCUUGCCUCCCCUUCCCUUCCCAAAGAAUCAUUGGUACCGACGCGGUCGACAUGAUUUGGGCGCUUCUUUUGUGCGGCAUGCGAGGUUGCACAAGUUUCCCGACAAGCGGUCAAACACACCGCUAAAGAACGAGAAAACCAAUUAAUGUAUGCAUCAUGGCAGUGGCAUGUGCAUUUACGACAUUUUUUUUUUUUCAAUUCUAUGUUGUUUAACCUUUUAACAGCUAAGCCUUUUGUUCCUAAAAUCUGCAUACCUUUGAUGUUGCCUUUAUAUUUCAAAGAAAAAAACAUCACAAUUGCCAGAUUGGGUCCCUUUUUUAGUACACUAUAAUGUCCAAACUGUUGUUUCCUUCAACCAAUUAUAAUCAACAUUUUGUCCCCAAAAAGACACACAAAAAAAAACUAAACAUUUUUGUCAAAAUUUGUAAUAUUGAUGUCCCAUUGAGAACCAAACUUGCUCAACGAAACGUUUUUAAGGGUGAUGUUCAACUUGUUAGGAUAAACAUUCAACAGAAGAAAAGACUGAAUAGUUUUAUAUUUGAUAAUGCAACAAAAACAGCAGGUAUGGUAAAGGGCCUUUUUGUCCUUUCUACAUAUUAUGGUCAAAAUAAGUUAUAUACAGGAGACCAACAGUGCAAAAUUGUGAUUAUAUAUAUUUUAUACACAGUGUAACACAUAUAUUUUGUAUAUAAACUACAAUAUAACAUUUGUUAGAUACUUUUCCUCUCAAUGUGCAAAACAGGCCAUAAAAUGAAAACUAUGUACAUUUUUUAAUCUUUGAUUCCUCAGAGGCCUUGGUCAGUUCCUCUCUGGCUGGAAACACAGGCCCACAUUGUAUAUCUCACACAUCCAGGCAGUGCUCCUCUGCAGAGUUUGCACCCCAUGCUGGCUCUCUGCAAUUUCGGUCUAUGACCACACUGGAAUCUCCACAGUCCUCUCCAGGACAUAGGUCAGUCAGAAGACGCGUACUUAUUUCACUGUCAUUUCAUUUCAUACACAGUAUAUCUGUUCCUCAUCACAACACAAACUGUAGCAAAGUAGUAGCAGGGGUGAAAGUGGCUAGGAAUUUCUUGCAGGAACUCCCUGACAUGAAGGUCGCCACGGAGCCAGAAUCUUUUUGGGGGGGUCAACCCUCGGACAACCACUGAAAUGCAGAUAAAACUGCUUUUGGCACGGUUAUUCCUAAAACACAAAUUUUCAUUCAAUAUUAUUUUUUUCAAUGAUUUGCAAAAUAAAAGUUAACAUAACCAGCAGUAACCCCAACCUCCAUCUCUUAAUCCCCCCCCCCACAUUUCCUAAAUGCAAAACCUCCAUUUAAACUACUUAAAAACAUUGGAUGUUAAAUGUUAUAAUAGCGUACUGCACUUGACAUGUCAUCUGUGCUCAUUAAUAUUCAUGACGUUAGCAACUGUUGCUGGGUGGGGGGGGGGUCAAACAUGCAUACAGUAUGUCCCUCAUGCUAGAUGCAUGUAAAUAGUGUACGAAAGAGAUGUUUACAGAGCUAAACCUACCAAUUCUGUCCGAAAAUGAUGUCCCUGGUGCCAAAUUCACUGGUAAAGAUGUGGAAUAGCAUUCAAAUGUUCCGUUAAAGAGAUGGCUUGAGUGUCAAGGGUAAAAAAAGACGGGGAAAAAGAGCCGACCUGAUCCAGAAGUAGCUUUACGCCACUGACAAUGACAUUCUUCUGUUUCAACAAGCUAUCCUUUGCCACCCUAUGCCCUGUCUUCAUUAUAUAUUUUAUCCUCUGGUUGUGUUACGUCUCUGACCGUUGUUCAGGAUGAUUUAUUUUGUUAUUUUCGUGUAGCGAUCACAUAUGCUAGUCAGUGACAGCCAACGAACACAUUUAAUCUUUUUUAUUUUGGAUGAAUGAAUGCUUUAUUUUGGACAUGAGAAAUUAAAAAACUGACAAAACCAAUGAUAAUACUUGAGAUAACGGCAACAAUAUUUAAGACAAUAUUAAUAAUAAUAAUAUCAGAAAUUAUUCAUUGUUUCCUAAAAGGAAUAGGAUGAAGCAUUUGCUUAUUAAAACCUACACCCCCUUUUCUAUUCUUUAAUUAUAUCAGUCCGCCCUAUUUAACGAGUCCUCAUAUCAACAAAGAAAUAGUUAAUAACCAUACACAUAAGAUGCUAGAUGAACAACAAUAAAUAGGACCAAGACAAUAACAGAUAUGUGAACACCACCUAUCUCUGAAACCCUUCUUCUUCCCUAUACCCUGUGCUUGUGCCACUUCCUAAACUGGGUCAUGCUUGGACAUUACUUGAGCCCCUCAUCUAAUUUAUUCCACAGCGUCACUCCACAAACAGAGACACAACAUUUUUUAGUGUAGUUCGUACCCUCUGAUGCUGUCAGUGAAGCUCCCCCCUCAAACUUUCUCUGUUAAAAAACAAUUUCUGUAUAUUGGCAGGAAGUCACCUGUGUAAAGCCUUAUACAUGAGCUGAGCUGUUUGAAAAUGAAACAAGUCCCUGAGUUUUAAUGUUAUGUAUUUUAAAAAUAAUAUAUUAUUAUGAUCCCUAUAACCAGCAUUAUGUACUAAUCUUACGGCUCAUUUUUGCAAAAUGAAUAGUGAUUUUAUUGUUCAUUUAUAGGUGUUACCCCAGACCUCUGCACUGUAGUGUAAAUAUGGCAGGAUUAAAGAAUGUGGAGUGAUUUAUUGUCAAGACUGUGUUUAGCUUUAUUCAGGACUGAUAUGCUUCGUGAUACAUUGUACGUGUUUUAUAUGAGCUUUCUAGUUAACCUUGUCAAUAACAACCCCAAGAAACUUGUUUUCAUUGACCCUUUCAAUAUUCACCCCAUCUAUCUGUAUUUGUACUUGACUAUAUUUAUUGUAUCUGCUAAAUAACAUGAAUUUGGUUUUUCUUAAAAAUAAUGAUAAUUUGUUUGUUCCAAAUCAGGUCUUUAGUUAACAAAUUUCAUCAGAAACCCCCCGAGCAAAAGAUACUUGUGUCAUCUGCAAAUAAAACUAAUUUUAGCAUUCUUGAAACUUUGCAUAUACAGUUGUGGUCAAAAGUUUACAUACACUUGUGAAGAACAUAAUGUCAUGGCUCUCUUGAGUUUCCAGUUAUUUCUACAACUCUGAUUUUUCUCUGAUAGAGUGAUUGGAACAGAUACUUCUUUUGUCACAAAAAACAUUCAUGAAGUUUGGUUCUUUUAUGACUUUAUUAUGGGUGAACAGAAAAAAGUGAUCAAAUCUGCUGGGUCAAAAAUAUACAUACAGCAGCGCUAAUAUUUGGUAACAUGUCCCUUGGCCAUUUUCACUUCAAUUAGGCGCUUUUGGUAGCCAUCCACAAGCUUCUGGCAAGCUUCUGGUUGAAUCUUUGACCACUCCUCUUGACAGAAUUGGUGCAGUUCAGUUAAUUUUGAUGGCUUUCUGACAUGGACUUGUUUCUUCAGCAUUGUCCACAAGUUCUCAAUGGGAUUUAAGUCAGGACUUCGGGAAGGCCAUUCGAAAACCUUAAUUCUAGCCUGAUUUACCCAUUCCAUUACCACUUUUGAUGUGUGUUUGUCCUGUUGGAACACCCAACUGCGCCCAAGACCCAAUCUUCGGGCUGAUGACGUUAGGUUAUCUUGAAGAAUUUGAAGGUAAUCCUCCUUCUUCAUUAUCACAUUUACUCUCUGUUAAGCACCAGUUCCAUUGGCAGCAAAACAGCCCCACAGCAUAAUACUACCACCACCGUGCUUGACGGUAGGCAUGGUGUACUUGGGGUUAAAGGCCUCACAUAUUCUCCUCCAAACAUAUUGCUGGGCAUUGUGGCCAAACAGAUGGAUUUUUGUUUCGUCUGACAGAACUUUACUCCAGAAGGUCUUAUCUUUGUCCAUGUGAUCAGCAGCAAACUUGAGUCGAGCCUUAAGGUGCCGCUUUUGGAGCAAGGGUUUCCUUCUUGCACGGCAGCCUCUCAGUCCAUGGAGAUGCAAAACACGCUUGACUGUGGACACUGACACCUGUGUUCCAGCAGCUUCUAAUUCUUGGCAGAUCUGCUUUUUGGUGAUUCUCGGUUGAAUCUUCACCCUCCUGACCAAUUUUCUCUCAGCAGCAGGUGAUAGCUUGCGUUUUCUUACUGAUCGUGGCAGUGACAAAACAGUGCCAUGCACUUUCCACUUAAAAACAAUUGUUUGCACUGUCGCUCUUGGGACCUGCAGCUGCUUUGAAAUGGCUCCAAGUGACUUUCCUGACUUGUUCAAGUCAAUGAUUCGCCAAAAUUGCUCAUUCGUGUUGCUGUAUGUAUAUUUUUGACCCAGCAGAUUUGAUCACUUUUUCUGUUAACCCAUAAU